ACAACUCUUCAAACUCCACAGCAUUAAUGCCAUUCAAGGGCCUAGUGUUUAGUGGAGCAUCUGAGGAUGACAAGAAUGAUAAGAAUGACAGCAAUAGAACAAUAGACUCAAAACUGUACCCUUCUAUGGGGAUGAUGGCUGCCAUAGCAGAUGAUGAGUAUUCGGACUUAGAAAGAGAAGACGAUGAAGCAGAAGAAGAAUUAGAACAACAACCUCGGAAUAUGUUCGGUAAUAGAUGGAUGAAUAGUACUGAUGAAGGUGAAUCAAUUCAUGUAACAAAAUAUGGGAUUGGGGCUCAGUUAUUAAUGAAAAUGGGAUAUAAAGAAGGUACAGGAUUAGGAGCUAAUCAAGAAGGGAUAGUGAAUCCUAUAGAAACUCAACUUAGACCAAAAGGGGUUGGUAUAGGGGCCAGUAUAAGUGAGAGAAGUCAAAAAUUUACUAAAAAGAAAGAGUCAGAAUCAAGUGAUGAGGAACAUAUACCUAUCCAACCGGAAGUUUCCUUGUAUGAUAUUAUCAAGACAUUGACUAAAUUGGGUCUUAAAGUACCUCAUACUAUAAUAGAAUUAUCCAAUAAUGUAUCAAGAGGCGCUGAAACUAUAACCAGUGAUAAGUUGAAGGAUAUAUAUGUAUAUUUGAAGGAUAUAUCCGUGGAAUAUGACUCAUUCCUCAAGCAGGAAAAGUUUCAAGAGUAUGAGGUAAAGACUGUAGAAACUGAACUUGAAAGUACAUCGACAGAGUUAUCAGCAGCCAUUCAAACGCUUGAAGCACUAGAGGUUAAUGAUAAUGACUCGAAUAUAACAGAAAAGUUGAUCAAAUUGAAUCUGUAUAGAUUCUCAGAAACUCCUUCAAUAUUCGUCAGUUUACUUAAACAGUCAGUACAAGAUCUAUUUGAUAAUUCCUUUAUGGACUCUAUAGAGCCAGAAAGUACUAUUAUUUCAAAAUUAUCUGACUGGUCUACAAUAUAUCGAGAUAUAGCUGAAAAUGAUACCAAGUCAUUAUCAUGCUUUGACUCAUUAUUAUAUCCCCUACUUGCCCAUUCACUCUCUUUACUUUACGAAUCCAAUAAAACCAAAGAUGGAUACUUGGAAGCUCUAGACUAUAUCAAUGCUUGGCAGUCAUAUCCCAUAUUCAUUAAUCCCGAAUUGGCAAUAGAGAAGAAACUCACACGUGAAUUAAUAGUACCGACUUUGAAUUCAUAUAUUGAAGCAUGGAAUCCACAAACUGAAACUGACAGUCCCACAUUUUUGGUCGAUUACGUGAUUUCAUUAGCGCCUGAUAACCCUAGCGUAUUCAAGCUGAUAUUUGAUAGUAUUAUUACUAAAUAUGUUGAAUUUGUUGAUACUACCAUGUAUGAAAAUAUUGACAUUAAUUCAACCACUGAAACAUUGGACACUCUCUUCAACUUUUGGUGUGAAAGUUUUAAACAAUUUGCCAAUCAAUCAGAUAUUGAACAUAUUCAACAGACUCUAAUUCGGUCAAUAGUGAGAUCAUUACAUUCAGCCAAGUUUUCCAAGCUGCCUGAUAUUACCAUUCAAUUUAUAUGGAAGUUAUUUGCAAAAGGGUUCUAUAGUUUGGUAUCGCAUGAUCAGAUGGAGAUCUUACUACAAUUCACAGUAUUCAAUCGAUGGAUACAGUCCAUCGCAACAGAGUUUGUGCCCGAAAUAUACUCUAGCUGGAUUAAAUUCUUUCAGAACUCACAGUUCAUUACAACCAUGACUGAAUGGUAUAUUAAUUACAGUUUAGACAUUAUAAGUCAGAGUACAACAAAGAAUGAAUCUCUUAUUCUACCACAAGCAUACGGUACACUGUUUCCAACAACAGAAGAAAUACUAAGACUCUCGAAUGAUGAUCGACUGAACAAGAUUAAUAAUUCUCCGAAACCACUUAAUGUCCAAGGAAUACCUCUGUACAAACUCAUGACAAGUUACAAGGAUGUAGUCAUGAAAUAUUGCUUAGAUAACGGUAUAUUAAUGGUAGUGGAAAAGGGUAAAAUGCAUGAAACUAAGGGGUAUACUUUAUAUACAUUAAGAAGAGAUUCAGGACAGAAAGUAUGGUCUUACAUCCAUGAUGACGUAUUAUAUAUCUCACAAGCUCAAAAGGCAGAGUAUACGCCAAUCAGUUUAGAUGAUUUGCAGCAAUUCGUAUAAGAGGGAAUGAAUGUCGCGAAGUAUAUGGAGCAGCCAUGUCGCGAGGCAAGGCGCGACAUAGACACUAGAAACAUAUCGAAUGUUAAACGACAAACUACAAACACAAC